GCGCGUAAAUCGGGCAGGGGACGCGGAUUGGGAGGAUAAGACGCUCAGGACGCAGUCAUGGCUGGUCGCGACAGGGUGACGCACUUACUGAGGCAGCUUGCCGUUCAGGCGUCAGACUCCUUUGCCUGCCAGUGGUUUCCGUUUGUUCAAAUCCGAUGUGAUACUUUUUAACAGGUGCAGAUGUCCUGCUCACUCUUCCAUGCAUUCCGUCCACAUCCAUAAGCCAGAUGCAGUUCAUGUAAAUGGGAGAAAAACUGACUAUGCUUUUGAGAUGGCUUGCUCUAAUGUCAGAUUUGGAAAGGGUGUAACCAGAGAGAUUGGCAUGGACUUGCAGAAUUUGGGUGCACAAAAUGUGUGUUUGAUGACGGACACGAACUUGUCCAGAUUGCCUCCAGUAACAGCAGUGCUGGACUCACUAGCCAGACAUGGUGUGAAGUAUGAAUGCUAUGACGGUGUGAGGGUGGAACCUACGGAUUAUAGUUUUAAAGCAGCAAUUGAUUUUGUGAAGAAAAGAAAUUUUGAUGCAUAUGUAGCUGUGGGCGGUGGCUCUGUGAUUGACACCUGUAAAGCUGCAAAUCUUUACGCAUGUCACCCGGAGGCUGACUUUCUGGAUUUUGUCAAUGCGCCAGUUGGGAAAGGAAAACCAAUUACCCGAUCACUGAAGCCUCUUAUUGCAGUUCCCACUACAGCAGGUACAGGGAGUGAGACCACAGGUGUAGCGAUAUUUGAUUUUGAAGACCUGAAGGCCAAAACAGGCAUAGCAAGUCGAUCACUGAGGCCUACUUUGGCAGUGGUGGAUCCACUACACACACUGCACAUGCCAGCCAGAGUGGCUGCCAACAGUGGCUUUGAUGUACUCUGCCAUGCUUUGGAAUCCUACACUGCCUUACCAUAUAACAUGAGGAGUCCAUGUCCCACCAACCCCAUCGCCCGUCCCACUUAUCAGGGCAGCAACCCAAUCAGCGAUGUCUGGGCAAGACAUGCCCUCUGUAUAGUAGCCAAGUACUUAAAACGAGCGGUGCGUAAUCCAGAUGAUGUAGAGGCGCGCUCCAGCAUGCACCUGGCAAGUGUGUUUGCUGGAAUUGGCUUUGGUAAUGCAGGAGUUCAUUUAUGUCAUGGAAUGUCAUAUCCUAUCUCUGGGAACAUCAAAACCCAUAAAGCUAAAGGAUACAGAGUGGACCAUCCGUUAGUGCCUCAUGGCCUCUCUGUGGUUCUCACAUCUCCUGCUGUGUUUGCCUUCACUGCCUGUAUGUGCCCAGAGCGCCACCUAGAGGCAGCAGAGAUACUGGGUGCUGAUGUAAGGAAUGUGAAGACAGAAGAUGCUGGACAUGUGUUGGCAGACAUACUGAGGAACUUUCUGUAUGACCUGGAGGUAGAAGAUGGCUUGUCUGAAAUUGGCUACAGUAAAGAGCACAUUCCUGAGCUGGUGAAGGGAACUAUUCCUCAGGAGCGGGUGACAAAACUCUCACCGAGAUCUCACACUGAAGAGGAUCUCACUCAUUUGUUUGAAGCAUCCAUGAAACUGUACUAAACAAUGAUUAGACAUCUGCUGUUUUAGUAUGAAAUUGGAAGAAAAUCAUGAUUUAUGUUGUAAAUAUAAAUAAUGUAGUAUGGUAUUUUUAUGAGUACAAAGCAGACAGAAUUUCAUCUGCCUUUUGUAGUCUUGUACAAUAACUACAAUUCACAAGUUAUCACAAAAUGUUAUCCAGAAGCAUUUUAGCCCAAAUGUUUAUAUACAGCAGAAAUAUGCUGGAAAAUCUAUCCACACUGAUAUUCACGCUCUAAAGCUCUAAAGUCCUCUAAAGCUGAAAUAUAAUAAUUACUAGUUGAUGAAUUGCUGUUGCAAUAAUCGGGAAUAAAGACUGAUGUGUAAAGGUGUGUACAGGGUUCUACACUGUUAUUGAAGGAAACACCAGCUUAAAAAAAAAAUUUGUAUUUGAAACUGCCCAAAUUCCUAAUAAUAAGAAUUUCAUGUGCAUGUUUCAAUUCAUAUAUCUGCUUUUUUAAAAAUUCAUUUUAUUUUAAAGCUGAAUAAAAUUUAUUUAUUCAGUA